UUGUGUGCGGUCCUGUGAUUUCCUCUUCACUCUCUAGGGUUUUCUCGUCUAUGUUAUUGUCCUAGUACUUUUGUUUCUUCGGAAUCGAAUUUUUAUUGUUAUUUUGUUGGAUUUUGAAGAAACUGUAUCUCUAUAGGGUGUUUGUGGGUUGCAGGAGGAUUUGGGUGGUACUGAUAUUGAAUUAGAGCUUCAGGUUAUUUUAUUUAUUUGUUAGAUUGGGAUUUGGAACAUGUCUAGUAAGAAGGAAGAGAAAGCCCAGGUUGCAGCGGAAAGAAUCAAGGCAGCAACCUUGAGUGCUGCCAAGGGUCUUAGCCGUGCUCAGGCUGAAAGGGCAGCAACAGCUGCAGCCCGAAAUGUUAAUGCAUACGGGCAGAAGGAAGAAGGACCAAGCAGAUGGCAGGAGAAAAGGGAAGCUAAGAGACAGAUGUACCUGAAUAGUACUGAGAAGGCUGUGAGAUUGGGUGAAAGAAAGGAUCUUAAGGCCUCUAUGUCUACCGUUGCUGGUGUGGCUUCACAAUGCCAGAAGUGUUUCCAGAGUGGGCAUUGGACAUAUGAAUGCAAAAAUGAACGAGUUUACAUCUCGCGACCCUCUCGGACUCAGCAGCUCAAGAACCCCAAAUUGAGGAUGAAGGUGUCAAUCUCUUAUGAUUUAGAUAAUCCAGAUGUUAAGGAAGAGAAGGCUGGAAAGAGUUCAAAGAAAAGCAAAAGGAAGCAUUUAUCAUAUUCUGAUUCCAGUAGUGGUAGUGAGGCUUCAGUUUUCGAGACUGAUAGUGGGGCUUCAUCAGUUACGGGAUCAGAUUAUUCUUCAGAUGAGAGUAGCUCUAGUUACAGUUCCUCAUCUGAUUCAGAAGAGGAGAGGAGGCAGCGGAGGAAGAAAAAGAAGCAGAAGAGGAGAAGGCGCAGGAGGGACAGCUCAUCUUCCGAGUCUUCUGAGUCAGACUCGGCUUCAGAGUCAGACUCUGAUAAUAGGAGCAGUCACAGGAAGAACAGGAGGCAUGGUCGAAGGCGAUAGAGGCAGUCCAACAUUGUCGAGCAGGAUUGAGAUUGCUAUAAUUUUAUGAUCCGAACACUUUCAACAAUUCAGAGAGAGAGACACACACACAGCAUGUGCUCCCCCCCAUAUGGAGUAAAUUUUGCUGUGUUACACUUGUUUGUCAUCAACCUGGGAUCUCUUCCAGCCCCUAUUACGAUCUCAUCUGUUAAAAUAUGGAAAGCUUAGUUAAGGUUUUGUGCUGUUGCAGGCUAGGCCAGUUAAAAUAAGCUUAGUGAGUGUUUUCUUUCGAGUAUUGCAUUGGAUGAAAUAUUUUGGGAAUUUGGUUUA